CCCUGCCUUGGGAUUGGUUGUCCAGCGGCGUGUGUCGCGCCUUUUCUGACGAUUCAGACAACAUGGAGGCGGAAGGUGGCGGUGAUGCCCAGCUAAGGAGGAGAAGGCGCCGGGACCCGGAGGAAGCGGAGAAAACGGAACUCAGAGAAAGAGAGCUGGCAGCGGUAGUAGCAGUGGCCCAAGAGAACGAAGAGGAUAAUGAAGAGCGCUGGGUUGGGCCUUUACCUGUAGAGGCAACAUUGGCCAAGAAGAGGAAAGUUCUAGAGUUUGAAAGAGUUUAUCUUGAUAAUCUCCCCAGUGCGUCCAUGUAUGAGCGCAGUUACAUGCAUAGAGAUGUUAUCACCCAUGUGGUGUGCACCAAGACAGACUUUAUUAUUACUGCCAGUCAUGAUGGACAUGUUAAGUUCUGGAAAAAAGUAGAAGAGGGAAUUGAAUUUGUUAAACAUUUUCGCAGUCACCUGGGAGUUAUUGAGAGUAUUGCAGUUAGCUCUGAGGGAGCAUUGUUCUGUUCUGUGGGUGAUGAUAAAGCCAUGAAGGUGUUUGAUGUAGUGAACUUUGACAUGAUCAAUAUGUUAAAGCUUGGCUAUUUUCCUGGACAAUGUGAGUGGAUCUAUUGCCCAGGGGAUGCCAUAUCAUCUGUUGCUGCUUCUGAGAAGAGUACAGGAAAAAUUUUUAUUUAUGAUGGUCGAGGAGAUAACCAGCCACUUCAUGUUUUUGACAAACUCCAUACGUCACCUCUUACUCAGAUACGGCUAAACCCAGUUUACAAAGCAGUAGUGUCUUCUGACAAAUCUGGAAUGAUUGAGUACUGGACUGGGCCUCCUCAUGAAUAUAAAUUCCCCAAAAAUGUGAACUGGGAAUAUAAAACUGACACAGAUUUAUAUGAAUUUGCCAAGUGCAAGGCUUAUCCAACCAGCAUAUGUUUUUCACCUGAUGGGAAGAAAAUAGCUACAAUUGGUUCUGAUAGAAAAGUUAGAAUUUUCAGGUUUUUAACUGGAAAACUCAUGAGAGUCUUUGAUGAAUCACUAAGUAUGUUUACUGAACUACAGCAAAUGAGGCAACAGCUACCAGACAUGGAAUUUGGCCGACGAAUGGCUGUAGAACGUGAGUUGGAGAAGGUGGAUGCAGUGAGAUUAAUUAAUAUAGUUUUUGAUGAAACUGGACACUUUGUGCUAUAUGGAACAAUGCUGGGCAUUAAAGUUAUAAAUGUAGAAACAAACCGGUGUGUGCGGAUCUUAGGCAAGCAAGAAAACAUUAGGGUGAUGCAAUUGGCUUUGUUCCAGGGAGUAGCCAAAAAACAUCGUGCUGCAGCUACUAUAGAAAUGAAGGCUUCUGAAAACCCUGUUCUUCAGAAUAUUCAAGCUGACCCAACCAUAGUCUGUACGUCUUUCAAGAAGAAUAGAUUUUAUAUGUUUACCAAACGAGAACCAGAAGAUACAAAAAGUGCAGAUUCUGACCGAGAUGUUUUUAAUGAGAAACCUUCUAAAGAGGAAGUCAUGGCAGCUACUCAGGCUGAAGGACCCAAACGAGUUUCAGAUAGUGCCAUUAUCCACACAAGCAUGGGAGACAUUCACAUCAAACUUUUUCCUGUUGAGUGCCCUAAGACAGUGGAAAACUUCUGUGUCCACAGCAGAAAUGGUUAUUAUAAUGGACAUACAUUUCACCGUAUAAUUAAGGGCUUCAUGAUUCAGACGGGAGAUCCAACAGGUACUGGUAUGGGAGGAGAAAGCAUAUGGGGAGGAGAAUUUGAAGAUGAAUUUCAUUCAACAUUACGACACGACAGACCAUAUACACUCAGCAUGGCUAAUGCUGGAUCUAAUACUAACGGAUCUCAGUUUUUCAUAACUGUAGUGCCAACGCCUUGGCUUGAUAAUAAGCACACGGUAUUUGGAAGAGUGACUAAAGGAAUGGAAGUUGUACAAAGGAUCUCCAACGUCAAAGUCAAUCCCAAAACAGAUAAGCCCUAUGAGGAUGUCAGCAUCAUAAAUAUUACUGUCAAGUAAAAUCGGAUGUUUUAUUGUAUUUGUAAAUAAAAACACACAUAUAGUAAACACAGGAUUAUUUUACGUUGGGAAUCUCCUAAGACUUGCUGAACAUACAAAUCAUGUUUCAAGGAUUGCAGUAUUGUAUUUUUAUAUUUUUCAUUAAAGGCCAUUUUUUAAAACA